AGAGCAGACAGAGAGAAAGAGAAACCGGUCUCUGUCUGGCUGAUUGAGACUGCAAUUCACAGACCGUCUAUCAACACACGCUGGUUCGUUUUACAUCCCCCGUGCAUCCCCAGUAUCCUGUUUAUCCACAAACAACCCAUCCCCGAAAAUGCCGCUGGAUUUUCUGAAUAAACUGGGCAUCAGGCCGCCGCCGUUGAACGUGCGGACACUGCAGGGGAUGGGCCGCGAUCUGGGCUUGUUCAACCAGUCAUCGCUGCAUAAAAAGCAGACGUACGUUGCGUUGAAGCAGCAGUGUCUGCAGUCGGGAACGCUUUUUGAAGAUCAGGAGUUCCGUUGCGAGGCGGCGUCGUUGUUCUAUACCAAUAAUCACAAAAUCCCGGUUAAUGCUGUCCAGUGGCUGCGGCCUAAGGAAAUCAAUCCCAACGCCAAGCUGGUUCGCAGCAGCGGCCAAUCGCCGGACGGGACCGGCCGCACUGACCAGUUAGGCCGCGACGUUAGCCAAGGACAGAUAGGCAACUGCUGGUUCGUGGCGGCCUGCUCCGUUCUGGCUGAAUUCCCCAAACUGUGGCGUGCCGUGAUUCCCGAUCAUCCGGAGCAGGAAAUCCAAGGCGGUACUAGCGCUGGCUACGCAGGCAUCUUCCACUUCCGCUUCUGGCGGUUUGGCGAGUGGACGGAUGUCGUGGUGGACGACCGGCUGCCGUGUCUCAACGGGCAGCUCAUCUUCUGCAAGAGCAAACAAGGGGAUGAGUUCUGGGGAUCGCUGCUGGAGAAGGCUUAUGCGAAGUUAAAUGGCUGCUACGAAGCACUGGACGGAGGAAACCUAACGGAUGCCUUGGUGGACUUUACGGGUGGAAUGGCGGAGAGUGCCGACUUGAAGACGGAAUACCAGGGCCCAGACCAGCAGGCGGCGCUGUACAGUCUCAUGGAGAAGGAGCUGCAGUUUAACGGGCUCAUGUGUGCCGCCGUCGCCAUUUAUUCGCGGGAUGAGAUGGAAGCGGUACUGCAGAACGGACUGGUCAAAGGUCACGCGUACGGCAUAACCAAUCUGAAGACGGUGAAGAACAGCGAAGUCCCGGGGUUGUUGUCGUUUCUGGGGAUGGGCGGGGGGACGGCGGUGCGGUUGGUACGGCUGCGGAAUCCCUGGGGACGGAAAGAGUGGAAUGGACGGUUCAGUGACGGAUCGGCCGAGUGGAACAACAUCAGCCAGCAGAAACGGCAGGAGCUGGGGCUGGUGUUCGAGGAUGACGGGGAGUUCUGGAUGGCGUUCGAUGAUUUCUGCGAGCACUUCUCCAGCGUGUCCAUCUGCCGCAUCAUCCACACCAGCAUCAUCGGGACGAUUAUGAGCGGCGGCGCCAAGAACUGGAGUGAGGGCGUGUUUAAGGGGGCCUGGAAGCAGCCCGACAAGGCCGGCGGCUGCGUCAACAACCGCGAGAGCUUCUUCAACAAUCCCCAGUACCGGUUCGACGUGGCCACGGCGGACGAGCAGGUGCUGAUCGGGCUGUCGCAGCCGGACAACCGGUACCUGCGCUCGGCGGGGCAGGGCAACUACCUGGCCAUCGGGUUCUACGUGAUGCGCAUCGAGUGCAACCGCAAGACGCGGGUGCGGCUCUUCAAGGACAAGGCCGGCAUGUCGCAGUACACGCCCGCCCGCACCGUCACGCUGCGGCUGAACCUCCGGCCGGGCCGCUACUGCAUCAUUCCCACCAGCUUCGAACCCGGCCAGGAGGGCAGCUUCCUCCUGCGCAUCUACACCAGCUACGACUGCAAUGCCGGGUGUCUGGACACCGAUUUACCGAAACAGAAGGUGCUGGGCGGACUGAUUUCGGCCGGCAGCAUCGAGGCGCAGUACCUGACGACGGUCAACAUUCGGCAGGUGAACGGAUUGGCGCCGGGCAAGAACAACUCCCUGCCCGAUCCCUACGUGACGUUGGAAUGCGAAGGACGCAACGCCAAGACGCCGGUCAUCCGCAACAGCACCGACCCGGUGUUCGACGAAAUGGCCCUCUUCUACCGCAAGUCCCUCAACACCCACAUCAAACUGCAGGUAAUCAAUAGCAAUCUGGUGAAGGACGUGGUGCUGGGCGAGUGCCUGCUGCCGGCCGACCAGCUGACCAACGGACAGCAGCUGCAGUUCCAGGUGCCGCUGCACGCCAAGGACAAUCCCGGCGCCGCCGUGUCCGGCGUCGUCGUCGUCGAGAUCGCCACGUAUGACGACUUGUCGGCGGUGUAAACACCCGCUUGGAAGUUUUUCACGAACGCUUUUCACGUAGCUUGGCUUGCCGUUAUUCUCUGGCUGUCGGUGUCAUGGAAAAAAUAAUGUGAUUAUCAAAUAGAGUUUUGCAUUCACAUGGUGACAUGUUAUUUUUUAUUUACUUUAUUUAAUCUUGUGUACGACGUGGACAUGACGGAAUUUCUGAAUUGCCAUACUUUCUCAUGUGUUGUUAAAGUGUUGUUAUAUUUUUGAGAUAAAGUACUCGUAUAAAAUAUCAGUUGUACU